AUGGAGUCAUCUGAUUGCACAAACGGGGGUUCUACGGACGCGUUUACCAGUAGAGUAAGAAGUUGUUUCCGUGUUUUUGGUAUUUCCCUUUAGCGCUCUGAUCCAAUGUUUAAAACAAAGCGCACCCUUCUCCAUGAAAGAAAACAGGAAGUCAUACCUGACAUUAAUAAAUCAAUCUCGAUAAAAGACGGCGCGGAAAGGCUGGUUAGGUAAUCUACAUGUUCUCUCGGCUGAUUUCUCUAGGGUGUCCCGCCAUAAACGAGAUAAGGCUAGGGCUGCCGUGGAAGCUGAUACGGAAUACUCGAAGUUGAAGAUUCUCAAGGAUCAAAUGGACACACUGAACUCUGAGUUUUCUGUUUAUCAAACUAUAGGGUGAGUAAAUCUCGACUACAUUUAUCUGCAGGAACUUUAAAGUUCCUGCAUAUUAAUUAAUGUGCUUGUAUUUCAUCUCUUUUCCCAGCCCUACAGUUGUUAGCAUCAUGCAAGGCUAG